CAACAUAUAACUGAAAUAAAAUUGUGAGAACUGAAGCGGCGAUUUGCUUCACACCAAAAGCACUCACAUUUGCUUUCUCAUAUGAUUGCUACACUCAAAAUGCUAACGGCCAUGAAUGAGCUGUAGAAUCAGAUUUAACAUUUCACCACAGUAAAGAAAAAUGGAGGCAGUGAAGAAAGCAUAUGCGGAGAUAAUUUUGAACAUGGCAAAAGAGGCGGCAGCUCGUGUAAUGGCAUCAGAGAAAAAAGCCCUUCAAUAUCAGCAGGAUUUGCAUUCGACGAAAGAGGAAGCCCUUCGAAUGUUGCUUCGUUUGAAAUCAAUGACUGAUACUAAGACAACCGGAGCUGAGAGUUUGUCUCAAAAUCAGCAAAGAAGAAUUGAUGAAUUAGAAGCUCAGCUUAAUGAAGCCGAAGGGCUGAUAAUUGAUCUUAGAGCAGAAUUACAUGAUGUGCAUGAGCAGUUGAAUGAGGUGAAGAAUAAGCAUUUCCAUCACCUAAGACCACAUGGAAAAGAGGAUUUGGUUUGUCGCAAUAGUAACAUGCCCAAGUCAAAGCUAAAUAACAAAUUAGUUGACAUGUCAGACAUAACAUUGUGCAAUUACUCAAAGGACAAUCAAAAUGAGCCAGAGAUUUAUCAAAAUGGAUGGUGUGCAGUGGAGAUGAGCUUAGCAGAUGAGAGUUUGCGUUCUGGAGAUGAUCCAAGUUUUCCAAUUGAAGUUACAAAGGUCACUGAACCAAGUGGACGAGCUGGUGGAGCACACAGUGUGCCAUCUUCUAAGAAAUUAGACGAUUUAGUUGGCGAGGAUCCACUUAAAGGCCAUGCCUCUAAGCAGCGUCCCUAUACUUUCAGAGCAAAAAGGCGAAGAAAGGCUCGAUACUGCAAAACCAAAACUAGCUCUUGCUUAUUGCCUGUUCGUCGUAGAAGCAUUAGGAAAAGACGCGUCAAUUACCUGACUGUUAGUUGUCCUGCAUUAUUGUCACACAGCUCCCAUUCUAAUCAGCCAAUGAGACCUGGUCAGCAAUGUCCAUCUUUUUCUAAUAGCAAGUCCAAUACAGUAGAAUGUACCGUGAAAUCAACUAAAUUAGGAGAUGAAGGUGGUAGUGCAGAGGGUACUGGUGUUCAAGCGUUAUCCUCGGAUUUCAAUGCAGAAAACAAGAUAUGUAGGAAUUUUGUAUGUGCAGAUAAUGAUGCACAUGAGGACAAAGGGUUGAUAGAUGUUUCAGUGAUGGUAGAGGAGGGUGAUGGUAAACCACUGCUUAACUUUGGCAUGUUACCAGUUGAAUCUGUCCUUGGAGUCGCCAAAGAAUCUGAAGGAAGUAAGGAAUCACCUCUUCAAGGUAACAAUAAGACGCAUCUCAAGUAUACGUUCAGCAGGAAACGUAAGAAGGAUAACUUGUUAAACACUAAUGAGAACCCUUAUCCAGAAAGCUCAAUGAAGAAAAGGUCUUCAGAGAUAGAAAACAUUGAUCCAAUAUUGCAGGAUUCAAAGUCAGUAAAAGAUUCGCCUUUAAGAAGUAAACAGUUGGUGCAGGUUGCUCGUCAGCUUAUCUCUCUGUCUGGAAGAAGCUGGUGGCAGUAGUUUGGCAGUCCCUAUAGAUAUUGAAGAACAUUGAUUUAUAAGGAGUUUGAGCAAUAUAGUUGUAUAUUUAUUCAAUUUCCUGGUACCACAGCAAUGGCUUAAUAUAUCGUUGAAGAGAAUUCUUUCCCAUCUCUGGCGGAUCAUUGUAAUUAUCCAGGCAAUAUUAUAGUUGAGCUGUUUUCUGUGAGUGCCGUUAUCUAUUCCUUUCUUCUUUCUUUAGCAUGUGUCAUAUGUUAAAACAGCUAAAUGCCUCUUUAUUUGAGGAAGCGGCAGAAUGAGUUUCAACCUACUGGUGUGUAUUUGUCAGUUUAUUUUUAAGCAUAAACUGCCAAUGACAAACUGCUUUGGCUCAAGCAAACUUGUGAACCUAAUCUUUGCAAA